AUGGCUGAUACAUUAGAGGGCAGAUUUUAUGCUACUGAUCCGAGUAAGGGCAAGCUGCUAGUUAUUGAUCCUGUGACAGUCGAGGUGAAAGAGAUCAUUAAUGGUCACUUGGAAGAGUACAACUCUUAUGGGCUUUACCAUUACUUGGUGGAAUCAUGUGGGAGGUUAUACCUGGUUCAUAAAGUGAAUGAUAUUGGUUAUUACUAUGAUUCUGAUAUAGGAGGUUAUGAUGGUGAUUUUGAAUGUGGAGAGCCGCUUGAGCUUAAAGUAUUCGCUUUGGGGUGUUCCAUUUCACUAAAUGGGGAGGCUAAUUACUUUUGGGAGCAAGUUACGGGUUUGGGUGACCAAGUGUUUUUUUUGAGUAAGUACGUUACAUUUUCUGUUUCAGCUCAAGAUUUUGGUUGGGAUCAAGGGAAUUGCAUAUUUUUCACCCAAGAAGGGUUUGAGGGGGAUGUAUCUUCCUAUUUAAACGCCUACAAAUCAAAGCCGGAGUAUUGUGGCAGAAUUAGCAAAUUCUUUGGAGUCUAUACCUUAGAAGAUGGUAGAAUUAUCACUGCUGAUGAUUUGCCUUCUAAAUACACCAGCAUUUUUUGGCCUGUUCCAGGUUGGAUUGACUCCGGCCAUUUCAACUAG